ACAUGCAUAGGUAAGUGUUAUCCUUCCUUGUAUAUAUACACCAGCACCCCCUUCCUUCCCUCUCCACUCUAUCAACAAACAAAACCUUUAUCUCUCUUUGCACUGCAUCGAUCUUCUUCACUAGCCAUGACAAUGGCCAUGAAUUCUCCAUUCCCAAGAAAUUUUCUUGUUAUCUUAUUCAUGAUGGCCAAUUUGUUUCCCGAUCUAGGAAAAUCAGAAACUUUAAUAAAUAGAUGUCCAAUCCCACAUGAAUUAUCAGAUAAGCUUCAUGUGGAUGCUACUUCCAUAGAAUCAGUCUCUACUGAUUAUGGAAACAUAGUUCACAACAAACCGGCAGCUGUUCUUUACCCAACGUCCGUACAAGACAUUUCGAGUCUUGUAAAAGCUUCCUUUAUGUGUUGCGUUCCUUUUGGAAUUUCUGUCAGAGGCAAUGGCCAUUCUACACAUGGACAGGACAUGGCUUACAACGGAGUGGUAGUGGACAUGAAAGGUUUAAGGGAUAGUGGGAAGGGGAUUAGUAUUGAUAAAGAGAGGCGGUUUGCUGAUGUUGGAGGAGAGCAACUAUGGAUUGAUGUGUUAAAUGCAACUGUAAAAGAAGGAGUUUCGGCUGUUUCAUGGACGGACUAUUUGAAGCUAAGUGUUGGUGGCACUCUUUCUAAUGCAGGGAUCAGUGGUCAAGCCUUUCGUUAUGGUCCUCAGAUUUCCAACGUUUAUGAAAUGGAUGUUGUUACUGGAAAAGGAGAGCUCUUGACCUGCUCCAGAUAUAACAAUUCAGAGCUGUUCUACGCUGUUUUGGGUGGUCUUGGCCAAUUUGGAAUUAUAACCAGAGCAAGAAUUGCUUUAGACACCCAUAUCAAUAGGGUUAGGUGGACACAAAUACUUUACAGCAAUUUCUCAGAUUUUAUAGAAGCCGAAGAAUAUUAUAUUUCACAACUCAGUGAAAAUGAACAACGGAUUAAUGAAAUCAGUUACUUGGAAGGUGGAAUUUUGUUUGACAAUGGGACUCCUAAUAAUUGGAGAAAUUUCUUUUUCCCACCAGCUGAUAUCCCUAAAAUUACUUCCCUGAUUAAGAACUAUGGCAUCAUUUACAGUGUAGAAGUAGCCACCACCAUAGGAUCAUCUGCAGAUAAGCAUUUGCAGCGGCUUAUGGAAGGGCUUAACAAUGUCCCUGAGUAUAGCUAUGCUAAAAAUGUCUCCUAUGUAGACUUUUUAACUAGAGUUCAAAUUACAGUGCAGAAAAAUGAAUCACAUCCAUGGCUAAAUAUCUUCAUACCAAAAUCUGGUAUCUCAGACUUUAAUUCUGGUGUCUUUAGAGACAUUGUUCUUAAACAAAAUAUCACCAGAGGACCUGUCCUUUUCUACCCCAUGCUCCGUGACAAAUGGGAUGAUAGAAUGUCUGCAGUCAUACCAGAUGAAGAUAUUUUCUAUGCUGCUGGAAUUUUGUAUACAAGUGGGGCUAAUGAUUGGCAGGUUUACGAGGAUCAAAACAAAGCAAUAAUGGAGUUCUGUGAUAAAUAUGGUAUUGAGGUCAAGCAGUAUCUUCCCAAUUAUGCAACUAAAAAUGAGUGGAUUACACAUUUUGGCUCCAAAUGGGCAACUUUCAAGCAGAGGAAAGCUUUGUUUGAUCCAAAAAAUAUUAUGUCACCAGGACAGAGAAUUUUCAACUACUACUUAAAUUAAUUUAUUUAAUGUUUAUGAUGACCGUUAAGUUGAGGUGUUAUUAAUUAAUGUAUUAAACCCUAAAUAGAUAAAUAAGUGAAA